GGAAACUGGCUUAUAUAAAUACUAGCAGUGUAUACACCUUGGUGUCCAUGUGCCAUUGAAUAGGUGGAAAAGAAUCCCUUUACAGAAAGAGAGAGUUCAAAGAAAGAUAGAUAAAGAGGGCGGAAAAUGAAAAUGGUGCAAGAGGGAAUCCGAAAGGGUCCAUGGACAGAACAGGAGGACUUCAAAUUGAGAUGCUUUGUGGAUUUGUUCGGAGAUCGACGAUGGGAUUCUAUAGCAAAAGUUUCAGGUUUGAAGGUGGCGGGAGACAAAAAUAAUAGAACAGGAAAAAGUUGCAGGUUGCGAUGGGUUAAUUACAUGCACCCUGGCCUCAAACGAGGCAAGAUGACACCUCAAGAAGAGCGCCUUGUGCUCGAACUUCACGACAAAUGGGGAAACAGAUGGUCAAGAAUUGCCCGCAAAUUACCUGGGCGUACAGAUAACGAGAUUAAGAAUUACUGGAGAACUCAUAUGAGGAAGAAGGCUCAAGAGAAGAAACAGGCUGUGUCUCCGUCUCCAUCUCCAUCAUCUUGUACUUCUCAUUUGUCAUCAGCAAGUAAUCCUGCUGUGGAUUCGUCGCCCUUCCCACAGACUGGAGCAGAGAGCUUUUCUGAAACACGAGGUGCUCGUAUCAUAGCUUCAGCAGAAAAGCAGAAGAACGAAGAGAAAGUGGGGGAAAGUGGAUACUCAAUGGAUUAUAUAUGGAAAGAUGAAGCUGGAGAAGGGAGCUUUCAAGAAACAGGAGCUCCUAAGGUAAUAGCCGAGGAUUCUCUGCCCUUCCCACAGACUGGAGCAGAGAGCUUUUAUGACACCGGAGGUCUCCGUGUCAUAGCUCCAGCAGAAAAGCAAAAUGAAGAGAAAGUGGGCGAAAAUGGGUACUCCAUGGAUGACAUAUGGAAAGAUAUUGCUCUGUCAGAAGAGAACAAUAUAAAACCAGCCAAUGAUAGCUAUGGUGAAGAGGUUAGAAGUUUCUCUUCUCCUCUGGCUUCCCCACCAUGGGAGUUCUCGUUGGACUCGCUAUGGAGGUUCGAUGAAGAAGAGAGUAAGAUGUUCCCGCCCAUGGGCGAUCAAUUUUUCCACUUUUAUGAAUAUGGGAGGGCGUCUCUAACUGGCUAGUCAUAAUUUUAUUGAUUAAGAUUUGUUCAUAUGUGUUAUAUUGCGCCCCAUCCCCCCCCCCCCCAAAGAAAAAAAAGAAAAAAAAAAAAGAAAGGAAAGCUCUAACCUGAUGUGCAGCAUGAAAAUCACUGUAAGCUUUCUCUUCUUCCCCCUCUGGCGUCUCUAAGCUUUCUGAUUCUGCUCUGCAUCACUGUAAAUAAUCUCAUGCAUACAUCUAGUCUGCCCUUAAUAUUUUGUGUUUACUUUUCAGAGAGGAAGAUAGAACCUCAUCAAAUCUCCCAUACGGAGGUUGGUAAGUUCAUGGAUGUAAUGUAUAAUAUACUACUUGUUACUAUUCAAUAAAGCUGGCACAGUUCUAAUGUUA